CCGUGUUGGAAGUUGACAGCAAGUACUGCCAACAUACAGCUGUCAAACAUCAAACAUCUCAAACUGGGGUUUGAAACAUGUUUGAAAUGAAAUCGUUAUAAAACGGAUUACAAACAAAUAUUCAUGUGAACAGAAAAUAAUACGCAAUACUUAAAAACAUAGUACUAAAUAUGUCUACCAGAUCUGGCAAGAAGCUUCACAACGCCUCCAAUGAGAAUAUUGAACCUGAAAUUGCUUUAAAAAGUGACAGGAAGACGCGAAGCAAACGUGUUGUAGAUAACAAUGAUAUUCAGGCAGGAAAAACUACAAAGAAACGCCAGAAUUAUGUAAGUUUCCCCUCUGAGGAGGAUGCUGCCGAUGUGAACUCUCUGGAAGACGAGGUACAAGUCAAACCCGUCCGCGGCUUGCGGCGGCAAACCCUCAAGGAGCAAAACGCGGCUACCGAGGAAGUGGACUCUGCCAUCACUACUAAAAAACAGGUCAGGUCAACUCGACGCACUAAAAAGUUCUCAGAAACCGCCGCAGACGACGUGCCGGACGUUCCUGUAAAUGAGGAAUCCGUUGAAGUUGCUACCGUCACCAAUACUAAGACUAAAGUCAAGAAAAACAAGAAGAAAUCUAAGAAAAAGCAACCCGAAGUAAGUGACAAAGAAAAUGAGGUUAAAGCUGGGAAAAAGAAGAAGAAUAAGAAAAAAAAGAGCUCCCAAUCUAAUUCAUUAGUUGAGCAGGAAGAGGUGAGUGUAAAGAACAUGUCCACCGAUUCCUUCCACAGUGCUGCUGGCAGCCCCCUACACAAACAUGUCACUCCCCAGUUUAACAGCAUUAGUAAACAAUCAGGUGACACUGAGACACUUCCCGUACAGAAAGCAAGUGCCAAGAAAGGGUCAAGCCUUAAGAGGGUUUCUGAACAAAAUUCUUCAACGAAGACAGUGGAGGUAGAUGAAGUAGACGCAACAAAAGUAACUGAAAUAUUGACUCCCAGAGCCAGCAAGCGCAGAAGGUCUAGCUUGAAAAUAGUAGCUGACCAAGAUAUAUUGCCGGAUGCUGCUGAGAAAGUGGAUUUAAAUGCCACAUUUGAAAAAGAACCAGCAAUAGAUGGUUCUAGUAAGAAGAAAAGAAAAUCCAGUGUGAUGGUGGAAAACAAUAACCCUGUGGUAAUACAUACAUCAACUAAUUUGAUUAUUCCUAUGACAUCUGAAGUAUUACUUAAUACUACUUUUGAAAAAGAUGACAUGGAAAUAGAUGAGAAUGGUAAAAAGUCUGACGAUAGAGAACUGACUAAUGAUGACCAGACAAGUAAAAUUUUAAAUUUAAGUUUUGAGAUCAGGAGAUCUCCCCGAAAAUCUGUAAGCGGAUCAGAAAUGGUUACAGUUUUAAAUGGCACCUUUGAAUUAUCUCCUAAACCUGAGCUGACCAAACAAAAAUCUCUUGACUCCACAUAUGACAAAGAAAGCAAACUUGACUCAACAUUUGACAAAACUACUCGGAAACCAAGCUUGGGUUCUAAAUCAUCUCUCAUAACUUCCGAUGACGCCACUAACUCCUCAAUAGUCACACUUGACAAAUCCGAUGACAAUUCUAAAAUCAACAUCACUGAUGAUGACUCCAAAAUUGAAAACAUCCUGAACACUACACCUGUCUUGAUAGAGAGCUCAAUGGAAGAAUCAAGAGUAAGUGUUCUAGAAAGUUCACUAAAGGAGAACAAAACUCCAGAAACCAAACCAAAAUCUACAUCACCAUUGAAACGCGAAGGCACGUUCACCAAAGACAGUCCGUGCAUGUCUCCAAAGACACCCAACAAGCGACAAACUUUGCCUGCAGCAGGCUGCACGCCUUACCAUUCCGACAGGAAGGGAUCACAGACAAAGAGGACCCUGAACCAGACGCAUUCUAUAGAGAAGCCGAGCCGCCGGUCGUCGCUCGCGGAGGUGCCUACUAGGGCUACGCGCGUCAUGUUCUGCAGCCCUGUGAGCAACCCGGGCUUAGCCACGCAGAGGAAGAGCAAGAUCAUCAAGUCCAACCUGAAGGGUUCUAAUAAGAGCUUUGUUUUUGAAGAAAAUGAGUCUGUGCUGUCUUCGGUACAACCAACACGGCUGGGCCGCAAGCGUUCAUUCACACACACAGACGGGGAGCAGGCCUCCGCUAAACGAACUCGUCUUAACACCGAGAGGUCUCUGCCCGCGGCCCGAGCCCGUACUAACAGCGCUAUGGCAAAACUAUCAAACGCAUCUACCCCGUCGAAGCCCGCCACGCCGAAGUCCGAAGUGAAGGCCACGAAGCUGCCCAACUUCGCCGCGCUGCACGCGCGGCGCUUCGAGCGCAUGGAGUCGCUCGACGAGUGCCAGCAGAGGAAGGCCAAGCGAGCCAAGCAACUGCUAGUGCCUACUGGCAGCGUGGCUGUACUUGAAAGAAGUAGCCCUAGAGUGACCCUCGAACCGAAGCCGCGCGCCGCGCCCCCCGCGCCCGCCGCCGUCGCCAACACCAAGCCCCGGCCGCCCACACUAGACACCCUACAGCGCGGAUACACCAGGUUCGGCUUUAAGAUGAACUGCGACUUUAACCCCUUCAGCCUGUCCAAAACUGACAAGCCGAAGGAGAAACCUAAUGGCACCAAACCGAAUGGCCUUAAACACCUUAAAGUAAUUAAACCAGUCGUAAAACGCGAGAUCACGCAGCCUUCUUUAGCGGGCACGACAUCGCUCCGCCGGGCCGUCGCUAAGCAAACUAUAAUGAGGGAAAAAUCCUUCACUCUCACUGAAAAACGAAGUGAGACGAGGAAAGAGGUGAGGACGGUCAUCAAGGGCGUGAGGACCAACAGGCGUUUUGAGCUGCAGAUGAAAUCGAGGAAUCUAAAUGGGUGAUCUGAAUGUG